UAAACCAAACCCUAGACCAGUGCGGCGGCCAUCGAUUCACCGUCAGACGCUUUCCCCUCCGACAUCUCGUCUCCGACGAUUGCCUACUCGCCGCCACCUCUCUCGCGAUGUCGUCCUCGAACCUGCGCCACUCCGCGUCCAGAUCUGAUGACCUGCCUGCCGAUGUGCUGUACGAGAUCCUCCUCCGCAUCCCGGCCAAGGAGCUCUGCCGCCUGCGCACCGUGUGCCCCUCCUGGCGCGCCCUCACCUUCGACCCACUCUUCAUCACGGCGCACAAGUCCCGCCACCACACGGCGCCCCCGCUCCUCGCCAUAGCCUACUGCGAUGAUAGUGGGAUCAACGGCGUUGCGAUUUCAGAUAUUUCCGGCAAUGUGCUGAAGCGGAUACCAAGCACCGGGUAUGAAAUUGUUCUGGUGAACGAGUCAUCGGGAGAUGCGGUAGGCCAGAUCUCAAGCAAGGGUGAUAGCAUCCGUGUUGUACGCACGCGGCUAGAUCUCAUCUGCUUCAACUGGAUUUUCUACUCUCGGGUUGUCUGGGUGUUGAACCCGGCCACUGGAGCUACCAUCACCUUGCCGACUGAUUUCUCAGAGGAAUUGGUGCAUGAGCUACAGGUGAAGGGAAUAAAAGAAUGGCACUGCAAAGUCGAGUCGUGUGCAUUUGGGCAGGUCUCCUCUAUCAGAGAGUACAAGGCACUCCGCGUCUCUACAAUUGGUGACCGAAAGGUAUGUGAGAUUAUCACCUUUAAUGAGAUGAACCAUGGAAGAUGGAGGAGGACGCAGGACCCUCCAUCCCAUAUCUGUACCGGUCGCGAGAUAAGAUGUGUGGUCGUUAACGGGGUGGUGUACUUCUUGAUGGACUUCUAUUCCACAUACUUUGAAACUGGGGUUAUAACCAUUGAGUCUGGUAGCGUAGCUUCGUUCAACCUCGAGACAGAAGAGUGGGGUGUUCUACAUGGUCCACAACAGGUGCAGAGGUUUGUGCAGGAAAACGAGGAUUACAGUUACUCAAAACUUGAAAUUGAGUUAUCAUUGGCUGAAUUGAAUGGACGUUUAGUUAUGGUUCACAAUAUUCAUAACAUAUCUAUGGACUUGUGGUUUUUGACAGAUUUUGAGAAAUGUAUCUGGGUUAAGAAAUACAGCAUGCCAUCACAUGUUGCUAGGCCUUGUAUGUAUCCUUUUCUAAUGUUAGAUGAUGGGAGGAUAUUUUUCAGUGCAGAGGGUUAUCUACAAGGUAUCCUUGGUAGUGGAGAGCCAGGAGAGGGAUUUCUGCGAAGUUAUGAUCCAAGAAAUGACACCUAUCUUGAUUUGUUAAAAUUGGGAGAUUCCAAAUCCAUUGGCAUUUAUACGGGAAGUCUACUGAGUUUAUAGAGUAGCUAUCACCGAUGAGGGGAAUAAUGUAUCGUGGUACUUGUUGUUAGUUACCUUAUGGGAAAAAUCAGUGAGACAAUGUACUGAUGAAAUAGUAUUUUUGUGCCUUCAAAGUUUAUUAUGUCUGAAA